AUGAAUACAUUGACCCAAAAUGACGGUGAAUCAAUAUCUCAAAGUAUCCAUCCAUCAAGCUCAUUCAAAUUGAAUCACACAAAUACUUCAUCUUCAUCUUCAAGACCAUUCAAUUAUGAUACUUAUGAUUCAACAGAAAUCAAAACUGGUUGGUUAAACAAAGGGAACCAUGUUAACAAUUGGACAAAUGUCAACUCUGACAGUUGGAGAAUCUACAAGGCUCAAUUGAAAGGUCCUGUUUUAUCAUUAUACAAAGUUCCAGCGGACGUUAAUAUUAAAGCUUUUGAUCAUAGUGCGUGUCCUACAUCUUUGGAAUCAGCCAGCUCAUCAACGCCAUCUACUAGUGUGCGACAAAAAAGGCUAUCGACGGCUUCAUCAAGAUUGAACAUGAAAGCCGAUACCAAAUCAUCAUCUUCAAAUCUUCAUUCAUCAUCGGCAUCUUCUUCAUCUAAUUCAAUCUCUUCCGCUAAUACAUCAAACUCAUCAGCCACCACUAAAAACUUUAGAAUCAAGUUGAAAUAUCUUUCUGAAGUUUACCCACACCCAGAUUUACAACUCAAUUCAGCAAAUUCAAUAAUCUCUGGAACUCUAGAGAGUAUCUGUCACACGAUAUUGUUCAAUACCUUGAAUGAUGAUAAGUUGUCAUACAAUCUGUUAGUUAUUUUGCCAUUAUUUGGUGAUGUCAAGGCAAGUUUGAGAUAUUUUAUUGAAUAUGGGAUAUCAUUCUCCUCACAAAGACAAUCAAAAAAUAAAGUUGUUGUUUCUUCGAAUACAGAUCAUGCUAUUACUCAAAGAAUGGCUUUGGUAAUCACUACGAUUUGUGAUUCGUUCCCAGGUAUGCUAUUAGAUGAUGAUUUGAAAGAAUUGGUUAUAAAACUAAAAGAGACAAUAUCCAUUCAUAAUGAUGAAUUGGCAAAACAAUUACAAAGUUUGGUUUCAUCAAAAGAAGGUGAAAUGAAGAAUUUGACCUUUUUCAAAAAUCAACAAUAUCAACCAAAUGGAUCUUUGAAUUUAACAAAUGUUGAUGACUUCCUAAAAUUGGAUUCAGAACUACUAGCAAAGCAAAUCAAUGCCAUUGACUUGAAAUUUAAUAAAGUUUGGAACCCAAAAACAGAUGCCUCAUUGUUGUAUGAAUUGGAAAACCUGUCCUAUUCAAGAUAUAACCCGUUGAUUUUCAACUCAACAAACAAUGUUCAUUACUUGGGGAGAUUAUUAGUUAAUCAUUUAUUCGGUGAUAAUGAAUCCAAAAACUCAGAGUUUAAAAGAUCAAGAAUCUUGUCUAAGUGGAUUGAAUUAGGCUGCUUUUUCGAUAAAAUUGGUGAUAUGGUGAGUUGGCUAGCUAUAGCUACUGUUAUUUGCUCAAUGCCGAUUUUGAGAUUGAAGAAAACUUGGUCUCUUGUUGAUGAACAUUAUUUGAAAACUAUAUCCACAGAAUGGGCACCAGUUGUUUUUGAAUUGGAUAGAAGAACAAUGAUAAGUGAAGCAAGCCAUAGAUCUUCUUAUCAUGUCAUUGCACCACAGGGGCUUGGUAUCUCAUAUUCUAAACAUGAUGUUGUUCCUUACUUUGGUGAUUUGACUGUUAAAUAUAUUGAAAACUCCACUUUAAAACAAUGUGAGAAGAGGGUUCAAAGAGUUAAAGUUUCUUUUAGCAGGUGGGAUGAGUAUUUAUCAAAUGUUGAACAAGAUAACGAUCAAUUCAAGAAUCAAACUUUCAAUGAGAACCAAGAGCUGACCAAACAAUUGUACAACUUGUUAACUAACCAUGUUCAACUCCCUCCAUUAACUCAAGAAUCAAUCAUGGAAUUGAGUUUGUCAAUAGAAGCUAACACAAUUGGCCAAUACCACAAAUUACAUUACAAUUCAAGAACACCAUUAAUCACAGGCUCCUAUUUACCAACCUUGUUUACUGAAGUUUUGCCAAAUUACAAGUUAUUUGAUCAAUCUGUUCUUAUUGGUGCUGGUGGGUUCGCUGCUAAACCAAAUGAUACACAGUCUGAGGAAGAUGAUUCAAGCUUCCAAAAAGUUACAGGUGUUAAUGAUGUUGAUUUACACAGUUAUGUUUUGAACUCCAAGAUUCCUUCUUCGAAACAGCAUGUUUUCUUGAAAUCUGUUCGUGAUAUUUUUAACAUUGGUUCUGAUGUUUUCCAUAUUGAUGAUGAUUUAAUUUUCAAAUCACUGAAUAAUGGUGAUGAAUGGAAAAGUUCAAGACCUGCAAGUGUUGUUCUGGAAAAUCCUUCGUCCAAGAGAUUAAGUCAAAUUUCCAAUAACCGUUUGAAAGAAGAAGCAAACGAUGUCUUUGCAAUUUUGGACAACUCCAACUUAUUGAACUCUUUGAUUAAACCAUUAAACGUCGUUUUGAAAGCUGGUACUUUUGAAAAAUUGAUUGAUAUUUUGGUAUUGACAUCAAAUGUUUUCUCUAAAAAAAUUAACCAAAAAGAUAUUGAUUCUUAUUUGGAAAAAUCAAACUUGUUGGAUAAUCAAUUUCUAAAAUUGAAUAUGAAUAAUGGUGUUUUCACCUCAACUUUUUUUGCAACUUACAAAUCAUUUGCAACUACUUCUAUGUUAUUGGAAAAUUUAGGUAAAAGAUUCAUUGGUGCUAAAUCAGGUGCUGUGUCUAUUGCUAAAUUAAAUACAGAAGGUGAUUUACAUGGUGAACAAAAAGUGUUCCCGGAUUGGUACAGUCAAGUUGCCUCUGAUGAUGAAAACUUGAAUUGGAAAUUUGUUGGUAAGAUUCAAUUGGGUAUCUUGGAAGCCUUAUCAAUUUUGGUUAAUGAGUAUUAUGCUGAUUUUACAGAUGAUUUGCAAGUCAAAAAGAUUUUUGUUGAUAUUUUGAAAAUCAUUGAUAAUGAAAUAAUUGUGGAAUGGAAAGGAGUCUUGAGCAGAUAUGAAUAUUCUGAAUCCAAAAAUGAGCUGACUGAAAUCUAUGAAGUUUUGUCUUCGUUAUACAAAAAAAUCAGAAAGAACUAUAUCAAGAAAUGUUAUAGACCAUUAGAUGUUUUCCCAAAACAUUUACCAAACACUGAUCAAAAGAACUUUGGUUCUAUUAGUUUUCCGAAAUUACCAAGUGAUUUUGAAGAAGCGGAAUUGUUUGUUGAAAAACUAGAUUGGUUUAUCAAUGACUUGUUCAGUUCUGUUAGCAUUUCUGAUUGGAUCUCUGUGUUUCAACUGUUGGAAAUUCAAACUGGUAAAUCAUUAACCAGUUUAUUCAAGUUUAAAGGCACUGAUUCUACUAGUGAAGAUGAUUUGGAAAUCUUGAAUGUCUUCACAUGGAUCAAAAGUUUGUAUGGUGACAAUAUGGAUGACAAGAUCUUGAAUAAAUUUCCUCCACCAGUAAAGAUACUAUUUGAUGUUCAUUCAAACUUGGAGAAAUAUUUCAAGUUACAAAUUUCUGAUACCAAUAUUUCAAGAGACAUUCGUACUUCAAGAAUGAUUUCAAUACUUCAAGUGUUGGCAAUUUCAAGAUUAAGAAAUGGUUCAGUGGAUCUUUUCAAUGGUAGUGAAAAAUUGGAGGAUAGUGAUAUCGGUAAAGUUUCACCACAUGUCCCAUCAUUCAUUGAAACUGCAAUUACACAAGCUAUUGUUUCCCCAGAAUCAAGAUCUUUUUCCAAAAGUUGGAUUUAUUCAGCGUUAACAUUAAACUCAUCAUCAACUGCAGAUAAUUGGGAUGAUUUGGUUCAAUUGUUGCCAAAGUUUGAAAUCGAACAUUUAAACAAAAGUUUGAAAGGUGCUUUGACGCCUUGUGUUGGUUGGUUUGUUGAAAGAUUAUUGGAAAUUUCAUGUUUUGUUCCAAAUAUGUCAAUUGAAAAUUCUAAACUAAUCAACUUUGAUAAACGUCGUUUCACUUACAAUUGUAUCACAAAUAUUGUUGAUAUGAAUGCAAAUUUCCAAAACACAUUUGCUCAAAGUGGUUCUGAAAGUGACCAAAUCAGAGAUGAGUUUUCCUUCUUAUUCAAGUUGGCACAUUAUCCGACUGUUGAUCACAAACAAGUGAAAGAAUUCGCCUCAAGGGAAAAUAAAGAAUAUCCAAAGAAUGAUCAAAAGGCUAAAUUCUUAGGAGGAUUAAUUGCAUCUGAACAAGAAAAAAUUAAACGUGAUUUGAAGAAAAGAGAAGUUUUGGAAAAUCAAGAAAGAGAUAUCAAAAGAACUCAACUAUUAUCACAAGCUUCAAGAGCUUCAACAACUAUUCAACGUGAUGUUCCUCAAUACAAUGAUCAAAGCUCAUUACGUAAACCGCGUCAAAGUUCAUCCCCUUCAAAAGGUUCUGGUUCAAGUAUGGGUAAAAGACUUGGUGGCUUAUUGAAAUCUGUCCGUCCAUUUUCCAUAAGUGUUGGUAGUAAUUGGUCAGGCCCUGAUAGAGUGGUUCAUCCAGAUGAAUUACCUGAUGUUAAUAGUGUUGAUCUUAGUGGUAAACAUUCUAAACCAUAUCAACAAAUCAAGUUAUUCAAUACAAAACCACUAUUUGUUCAUUCAAAUAUUGAAGGUUUUUUCAAAGUUGUUGGUGAAAAUGGUGAAGAUUAUUGUUUCCAAGCAUUAAACAAUGCAGAAGCUCAAAGUUGGAUUAGUGCAUUAAAUUUAUCAAAGAGGUACACCUAUUUAUCGAAAGAUGCUCAAGGUUUAACAAGUUCAAAAGUGUUUGGUGUCCCAAUUGCAGAUGUUUGUGAACGUGAAGGUAGUUUGAUUCCAAGAAUUGUUGAAAGAUUAUUACAAGAAAUUGAAGUUAGAGGACUUGAUGAAACUGGGUUAUAUAGAAUCCCUGGUUCUGUUGGUAGUAUCAACUUGUUAAAGCAAGCAUUUGAUGAAGGUGGUGAUUUCACUUUAGAAGAUGAUCGUUGGUUUGAAAUUAACACUUUAGCUGGUUGUUUUAAAUCAUAUUUACGUGAAUUACCAGAAAGUCUUUUAACUUCAGAAUUAUUACCAGAGUUUGUUUUAGCUACUAAACAAGGUGAUUUGGUGGAAAAUAUGAAAUCAUUAGUUCGUCAAUUACCAGUUCAUAAUUAUCAUUUGUUGAAGAGAUUAUUUGAACAUUUAAGCAAAGUUAUUCAACAUUCUGAAAACAAUAGAAUGGAUGCAGUUAAUUUGGCAAUUGUCUUUUCAAUGAGUUUUAUAAACAAUGAUAACAUUGGUGCUAGUAUGGGUACUGAUCUUGGUGCUUUACAGACAAUUUUACAAUCAUUAAUCAAGAAUCCAGAAGCUGUGUUCAAUGAACAAUAUAAUGAUGACAGUACUGUCUUCACAGCAGCUGAAUAA